AUGCCACGCCACAUUGGCCGCGCCCGAGUCGACGAGUUUCUAGCAACGCUCUCGCCACAGGACCUGCUUUACCUGAGACGCAGGCUCGGCACGAUCCCUCGCCUCGCGGGACUAGCGCAUCUGCCCGCGGAAAUCACCUCCAUGAUCGCGCUCCAGCUCUCGCUAGACGACUUCGUCCACUGCCGCCUCGUCUGCCGCUCGUGGCUCGCUUCGUGGACCCAGGACGCCGUCAUCACGGCCAUAUGCCACCACUUUUUCCCGGGGAUGCUGGAAAAGCAUGGCGAUAGCACGCCCCGACAGCUCCUUCAGUCUGCUCUGGCUCGGCACCUGCGACGAGCGCGCUCGCAGCCGUCCCAGUUCUUCCUCCCGUGGGACAGACGGGUGCGGUCGCCCGUGUUCGGGGGCCGCGAGCCCGCGCCGAACGAUGACAUUGGCAUUUCUUCGGCCCGCGUUGCGUACCGCCCUCCCGGUCCGCCAGUCUUCUACGACGGCGGCCGGCUCGCGUGGCAGCUGGAUUCCGUGACCGUCGUGGUGGACGACCUGCGCACGUGCCGUCGACGGUUUUGCAGAUUCUCUGCGGCUCUUAUUGCCGGCGAGAGGAUGAGCUUGCAGGGCAUGUCUCGGUCGCUGCUGGUGUUUGCUGCCACGAAAGGUGGGUUCGACGACUUGAACUUCAACAUGGUAAAGAUUUGGCGUGGAUCGGAUGAUGAGUGGAGGCGUAUAUCUCUGCCGGGGCCCUUUGCAAGGUGUGUUGUCCAAGGGGAACGGGUGGCGGUGGUGACGCGGCAAGGCCUGGUCCUGACGUGGUCAUGGGGUGGGCCGACCGUGGAAUUGCUCAUGGCGGACGGCAUCAGUUGUGACGAUGUGCGUGGUCGAUCGAUCCCCGGGGUGAUUUUGCAUCCCGAUAAGCCGGAUGUGUCGUACGUUGCGUCGAUAACCUGCCCCGGGCCCACGAAUACAUCGCAGCCACUACCCCGCGCGUGCAAGGUCACAGUCGUCCGCUACGAACACGACCAGCCCACCAAACAGUGGCAGGAAGCCAUCCACGAGGCGUCCAUGGCCCAGCCACCCGCCGAGCAUGCCCUCCCGUCCCGCGCCACGCCGCUCUGCCCGGAAAUCAGCCCCUACGGGCUCUACAGCCUCGGAACGCUUCUCGCAGCCGACGGCAACCUCGACCCCCCCCACGUGGUGGAGUUUGCGGCUGUCGCGUUCAGCAUCUACAAAGAGUCGUUUGUGCAGCGCGAAUGCGGGGCCCAGGACCACCGGGGGGGCAAUGCCCGUCGGGAGUUCUGGCUCGACCCAACGACGUGGGGGCUUGGGCACCGCGAGGAGGACAUGGCGCCGUGGGCGCGGGACGCUGUGACGGCCCCGCGCUUCGUCUGGUUGGACGGCGGGAUGGAGACGCCGGACGGGGCGGCGCUCGUGGGAGAAGUGGGUGCGGGCGUGGGGGUGUCGGAGCCGUGCCGCGUGUUUGGCGACGAGGACUUCCAGUUGCUUGUCACGGGGCGCGGGAUCCUGGUCAGGGCGUAUGCCAGGACGGCGCUGCUGGCUCCGAGGAUGCGUGAGCUGGCGGCCGCUCAGGCUGCGGUGGAAAAGACGGCGCUGGUGGAUGCGGUGCGCCCGGUUGACCUGAAGCCUUUGGGGGGGACGAGGCUGUAG